CGCGAUCAGUUCAGGCGUUUAGGAAUCAAGCCACCACGGGGAGUCCUGCUGCACGGGCCGCCUGGAACCGGCAAAACAAUGAUGGCCAAGGCAGCAGCCACCGAGGUAUCUGCAAACUUUAUAGCCGUGGCGAUCCCCGAUCUGAUCAAGGGUGAGGUUGGCGAGUCCGAGAAGGCCCUUGCCGCUGUAUUCGAGAGUGCCAAGCGCAGCCCGAGCAUUGUGUUUCUCGACGAAAUUGAAGCGAUCUUUGGUAGCCGCGACCAGGCCGGCGAAGUCGGCAAGAAACUCAUUUCGCAACUUUUCCUUGAAAUGGACAAUAUCCCUGAAGACACCAGCGUGGUUAUACUGGCUGCCACCAACGCACCGCAUUUGAUGGACGAGUCCAUUUUGCGCGCGGGCAGGCUGGACAAGAUGAUACACGUGCCGCGACCCGGCUACGCUAGUCGGCUGGAUAUUUUGAAGCGCGCCACCAGGAAUUUGGCUGUCGAGGACGCAGACACAUUUUUCCCAUGGCUGGCCGAGCUGGAGAUGAGCGGGGCCGAGCUCAAGGGACUAAUUCGUGCUGCGUGCUAUGCUGCCAUCCAG